UUGACAGUGCUGCACAGUUUGUUUUAAGUUUGCUUUAUUUUAUUCCUGAGCUUACGAGCUCAGUAAUAAAUGUGCGUUCCUAAGAAAAAUUAAAUAUAUAUAUCUCAAAUGAAUUACAAAACAUAAAGUGUAAUUCAUAAAUCCCAAUUAUUAUUUAGUGGUUGGCAUGUCUCUUUUGGCUUAGUCGCGCAGAGUCUGGCCCAUAGCUCAAAAACUGGUUUCUGUUGACUUCGUUCGUGCGUACCAGCUAACACCUCCAACCACAUUCAUUCAGUGCCACACACAUACACACUCAAUCUUAUAGCGUUCGUACACAUGUAAACAAAUUAACUGUAAACAACUGCAAGACCAAGCCCGCGUAUUAUCCUGCCAGCAAAGCUGCUUGAAUUGUUCUUGAUUUGCAACUUUUAAAUAAUUUAAAGAAGAGGAUAUUUAACCAAAUCAAAAUGCCGGACUGUUGCCAAUCAUGUAUGGCUCGCAUACCCUAUGCAACGCUAAUUGCAACACUUAUGUGCCUGCUGGGCGUUGGCAUAUUCUGUGGCACAAUGUAUCGAGGAGCAUCGCUAACAGUUAUUAUGAUGGAUCAAGUCUUCCACCUGCGACUAAUAUGGAUCGAGGCCGUACAGAUGAUAUUUGUUAUAAUUGCCGCUGGCAUGGCUGCUCUUGGUUUUAUGAUAUUGUUUGUGGGCUUUCUAGCAACGGGUGCGACACGCUAUAAGGUUUACCGGGCGUGGCGAUCACGCGUCGGCGGUCGCAUCUCCUGUGCAGUGCUAAUGGGCAUUACGUAUCUACUUAACUUCGUGUGGACGCUCAUUUUAUGCUUCUUGGUUGUAGUAACAUUUAUUUACACCAUGUUCUGGAACAUGUGUUCGAGUGUCGAGCACUCGCUAAGCUGCAUUGAUUUGACACAAUUUCAUUUCAUGUUUCCACCAAACACGAAGCUUGAGGACAUGAAAGUAUGCGAAAAGUACGAAAUCAAGGCAUUCUGCAAGGAUGGCGUUGAGAACGCUGAGGUUAUGUUCAUUCUAGCUACGCUGUCCACGCUUUUGGUCAUUCUAAGUCUUGUGCACUAUCUGAUGUGCCUUUCUGCCAAUUACGCGCACAUUCGUGAUCAUGAGAAGUUCCAGGAACUGCAAGAAAUACAAAAUCUUAACGAACUAGAAUAUAGCGCUACAUCGAAAGAUCGCUUCUAGGAUUUAUUUAAAACUAUUCGAUUCGAGCUUCAUCAAAGAAGCACAAAGACACAGAAAUGCAACGAAAUUCAUCUAUAGCUUUAGGAGUUUUGUUUUUAUUCGAAAAUUUGAGUAAUCUGUUUUGUUCUUUAAGAUAUUAUUGCUUAAUUUAUUGUUCAAUAUAUUUUAAUAUAAAUUUAGGCACAUAAUGCCAAUGAAAGACACACAAAUUUACACACUUUUAGAACUGUAUUUAUAUAUACAUCUACAUCAUAUAAGUAUCGCAAUUAUGAACAGUGUAACUUUUCCUGCCCACCACUGCGAAACAUUCCAAUAGAGGUUUUAAACUAAUCUAACGUUCAAAUGUUCUUACAAUGAACGAAAGAAUAUAUUUUCCGUCCACAAAUGCUUAUUUGUAAUUGGCUUAGAUCACCCUAAAUAUCAGAAUUAUUUU